CCACCGCGUGCGUCGCAUAGCUUCCCCAGACCCCAGCCAGGCAAAAGACCGAGCCGUCCCCAGCCAGGCAGCGAGCCAUGUCCAAGUACGGCACCAUCCCCGCCUCCUCAUCGCCCCCGCCGGCGCCGGCGGGGGCAUCCUCCUCCACCUACCCGCUCGACUUCAUCUCCCGCGCCAAGGCCCGCGGCGCGUCCGCGCUCGCCGCGCGCCGCCCCUGGCGCGAGCUCGCGGACCCGGGCGCGCUCUCCGUCCCGCGGGGCUUCUCCGACGCCUACCGCCGCGCGCGCGCCAACCUCGCGCACUUCGCCGCCAACUACGCGCUCGUCGUCCUGGCCGUCGUCUUCGCCUCCCUGCUCUGGCACCCCGUCUCCCUGCUCGUCUUCCUCGCCUGCUUCGCCGCCUGGCUCUUCCUCUACUUCCUCCGCGACCGCGACGUCGACCAGGCGCUCCUCAUCUGCGGCCGCCCCGUCGGGGACGGCGUCGUCAUCGCGUUCCUCUCCGCGGUCACGCUCGUGCUCCUGCUGCUCACCGGCGCCACCUCCAACAUCCUCAUCUCCCUGCUCGUCGGCCUCCUCGUCGUCCUGUUCCACGCCCUGCUGCACCGACCCGCCGACAGCAUCGACGAGGAGGCCGGGAGGUGGUACACGCCCGUGCCGCCGUCGAACUACUAAUCAGUAAGCCAGUGUGAGCUGCUCUUCUUCCGUUGUUCUUCAUCGUCUUCUUGCUUCUCCGGUUCGGUUAUUAGUGAAUCAUUGCAGAUGCUCUUGUUCCGUUUGUGCACUUGUUGAUAAAUAAAAUGUGCUUAAAUUGGUGUUCUUUGUAUUUUUAAUGCAUAUUAUUGGUCGAAUGCAAACAUUUGUUCUCUCUCUCGAUGAUUCGUCACUGAAAUUAUUAUGAUUCAUGGGUGA